AUGGCCAAGAAGCGGAGGGAUUCGGUGAUGACGAUCCGCUCGGCCCUCAAUCAUGCACUCGAGAUCAGAUUCACAUGCAUCCAUCUCAAAUCUAACGUUCAAGAUCUCAUCGGAGCUAUCUCAUCGCAAGAGCAAAUCAAAGAAGUCUACGGAAUCCUCUUUGACAUCCAAGCUCUCGCAUCCAUGUUCAGCUCGAUUAGAUUCAGCUUCAUCCCUCGAUUGGAAAAUUCUUCGGCUGAUUGCUUAGCCAAGAACCCAAAAAGUCGAUUUGUGACCUCUCUCUAA